AACAAAACUAUCGGGUGCUUAACUCUGGGAAGGUUUUCCAUUUUGCUGGAGUAUAAUUAGCGUUAGUGUGAUUUUUCGAAAAAGAAUGACUUUGCCGGAGGCUCUCUUAAAGCGCCUAGCCAAACGUGGCAUCAUAUCUGAUGCGCAGAAAGUUGGAGCGAACCAAAAUCAACCACCACUCUUAUCCGCUGGUACCGCCGAUGAAGAUUCUGAUCAGGACAACAACAAGGAGCGCGAUUCGGAAAACACUUCCGACCAGUCCGAUGAGAAGGACGACGAUGUGGACGACGACCGGCGUGAUGCGGAGGUUAUCAACGAAGAAAUCAUUGCCGAGGACUACGAUGAGUACGAUCAGGUCAAUCCGGAGGCGUACGAAUAUGCAUCGAAGAAGAAAAGCACGCCGGCCUUGGAGUGGACCGAAAAAAUGAAGCAAAAAAUGACCAAACGAUACGGUUACCAGUCAGUGGACGGAUGUCAGAACAAGUACAACAUUUACCACCUCUGCACCAUGUACUGCGUGAAGCGAUACGGGGAGGUUGAGUUUGAGAUCGAAAAGGAGUACGAGAAGCGAACCAAGCGCCUGCUGGAGCGUUAUCCGUUGCCAAAGAAUUGGCGAAAGGAGUACGACAUCGGAUGCAAGGCUUUUUAUUUCUACAAUAAGGACACUCGUGUUGUUGCUUGGCUGCCUCCCACACACCCAGAUGCGAAAUUGACCAAGAGUGCAAAGCAACUACGCCGUGAGCUGAUGGAGGAGCAAAAGCAAAAGGAUGCGACAAGUGAGGCAACGCCGCCCACAGUUAUUGUGGAAAGUUAUCCACCUCCGGCGAAACCCUUGAUAGGGCCGACAAAUACGACCGCUCUAGGUUCGUCCAAUGUUGGGCCGGGUGUGGAAAAUCUAAAACCACCGAUAGUCAACCCCCCGAAGCGGCCAGCUAAACAACAUCCCGGAUCAGGGGAAAGGGAGGACGAGAAAAGGCAGCGUACAUUUUCGUCCGGCAAUGAUUCUGGUGCCGGUGAAUCUGGUGCUGCCGACCAGGUAGAUCGUGAUAGAGACUAUCGUGACCGCAAUCGUGAUCGACGCGAGCGAGAUCGAGACCGUGAUCGUGACCGCGAUCGCAGAGGAGAUCGGGAUCGAAGUCCUCCAGCUCGCGGGGAUGAUAAUCGCUUCGGGGCACGCGACAGGGACAGAAACCGUGAUCGUGAUCGGGAGCGUGAUUAUCGAGACCAUCGUGAUCGACGGCCACCGCGAGGCCCUCCGAAGUCGGCCCCACUAGAUCCGAUGGAUCCGGCCGCUUACUCGGACAUACCGCGUGGAACCUGGUCCGCUGGGCUGGAGGCUCAGUCUCAGUCUGCCGCUGGAUCAAAGAAAGAAAAGAACGAUCGUAAGAAACCGCAACUCACGUCGCCCAAAUCCGACGGCGAUGAAGACGAUGGCGACGAAGGAGCACAUGAGGUGCUAAAAAUUUCAGCCGUUCAAGAGUUCCAUCAGGACGAGGACGUUGACGAUGACAUUGAAUAAAUUAAAAUGAAAUUUCAAAAAAAUGGAAUAAAUAUACCAUAUAA